CCUCACCCUUAUUCAAAAAAGAUAUUUUGAUAGCGCCGCCUGUUUUGAACGCUACACUGUGAGCUAUAAACAACAUCCAUUGCAGGUUGCAGAGAGAGAGAGAGAGAGAGAGAGACAGGCAUGCAUAAGCCACAUGCAGUGUGCCUACCAUUUCCAGCGCAAGGCCACAUAAACCCCAUGAUGCAACUGGCGAAGCUACUGCACUCAAGAGGCUUCUACAUAACCUUUGUCAACACAGAGUUUGUGAAAGACCGCCUUGCUCUGUUUCAUGGAACCCAGUUCUCGAAUGGGUUUGAAGACUUUAGGAUGGAAUCAAUAGCUGAUGGCUUGGCCCCCGAAUUCGACAGGGUUUCAGAUCUUGCAACCCUCUUAGAUGCAAGUAGAAAGUACUGGUUGAAUCCUUUCAGGGAACUUGUUUUGAAGCUUAAUCAAACCGCGGGGAUUCCGAAGGUGAGAUGUAUAGUAUCGGAGUGGGUGCUUAAUUUUAGUAAGGUGGUUGCAGAUGAGAUAGGGGUGCCUAGGGCUUCUUUGAUCACAAACAGUGCUAGUAGCUGUUGGGGUUACCUGCAAAUUCCGGAUCUCAUCCAAAGGGGAAUCAUCCCUUUCAAAGAUGAGAGUUUGAUCCAUGACAAGGGAUACCUUGACACAACCGUGGACUGGAUACCAGGAAUGCCAAAUAUUCGUCUUAGAGACCUACCCACCUUCAUAAGAACCACCAAUCUUCAUGAUUUCAUUGUACAGUAUUGCAAAGUGGAAUGUCAAGAGGCUCUAAGGUCCUCAGCUCUGAUUCUCAAUACAUUUUACGAGUUAGAGAAAGAGGUUCUCAAUGCCGUGAAAGCCAGCUUUUUGUGCCCUAUGUAUGCACUCGGUCCCUUGAUCUCGUUCAGUAAUCACGAAUCCAAAGAUCAAUUGAAGAACACAUCAAUGAGCUUAUGGAAUCAAGAGAGUGAAUGCUUGGAUUGGCUUGAGAAGCAAAAGCCUAGAUCUGUUUUAUUUGUGAGCUUUGGUAGCAUGACAAUUGUGACACCUCAAGAACUCAAUGAAUUUGCUUGGGGUCUUGCUAAUUGUCUAACCCCCUUCAUAUGGAUUAUCAGAGAGGAUCUGGUGAAGGGUGAAGGAGCAAUUUUGUCAGAAGAGUUUACGAGAGAGACCAAGGAAAGAGGGUUCAUCGCACGAUGGUGCGAUCAGGCACGAGUCCUUUCUCAUGCUUCAGUAGGCGGGUUCUUUACCCACUGUGGUUGGAAUUCUUGCAUGGAGAGCAUUUGCCAUGGGGUUCCCAUGAUCUGUUGGCCUGUUUUUGCUGAUCAACAGAUGAAUUGUAGGUACAUUUGUCAAGAGUGGGGGAUAGGCAUGGAGAUAGAAGGUGAGGUGAAUAGAGAGAAGGUGGAAGCACUGGUUAAGGCUUUGAUGAAUGGAGAAAAGAGCAGGGAGAUGAGGCUGAAAGCCAUGGAAUGGAAGGAUGGAUCAGAAAGAGCUGUGCAAAUUGGUGGAUCUUCUUACCUUGAUUUUGAGAAGUUAAUGAAUGAAGUAUUGCUUAAAGGCCAACCAAUGGAUGAGAGCUAGUCUUGUUCCCUAUUGUUGUGCAUAUUUGAAGUAGGGAGACCAUGUAUGAGGUUGAACAAGCUGUCCUUCAGAAUAUGGGAGGAAUAUAUGAGUUGCCAAUGGUGAAGGGAGGGAUAAUAUUAUUGCAAUCAUCACCUUUCACAAAAAGUCAUGAUUAGCAUAAAUUUGACCGUUAUUUAUGUUGUGGUAAAAAAAUGUCAUAUUUGUGCAGAGGUUUAUGUCCCCAGAUUUUUUUCAAAUUUGGCCUUGGUCCGAAGUUGUAAACAUCGGCCACAUAUUAAAUUUAUUUGUUUAAUUUUAUGAUAUUCAUAGGUUAGUUUAAUGUCAAAAAUAUCGAACAUCAAUUUUAUAGACCGUUUGAUGUUCCGAACAUCAGAUCGGCCUACAUUUUUUAGUCGGUCCGAAUCAUUGUGAGGUCUAAACGCAGUCAGAUAUUAAAAACUUCAAAACUCCUUUGUAGUAACAUGGUAUGUGUCCGUUAAUGUACAUAUAUUAGCACAAGUAACAUGGUUCCCUUAAUAUGUAUCAAUCAAGACCAUUGGAGAAUGUAUUUGUAGUUGUUAACAUGGCUCCCUUAACAUGUUCCAAUUAA